UGUAACAUAAUCUGUAUAAGUCCAAAUGUCAACUGUCAAAUUCAUGUAUAUGUAGUCUGUAGUAUAAAAUAAAUAAAUCUCUCUUCCUCGCUGGUCAACAUGGAGUUUGCAUUGCAUCCAAGUUAAUCCCGAAUGUUAAAUAAAAUUCCUGCUUCCUCCCACGCCCAACAACAAACAAUACAUGGUGUCAGAAGGGAUACAUGAUUAUAUCAUGGAAGAAAUACAAGGCAAGGUGCAAAACGUACUACUUGCAAACAACUUAAAACCAUUGUGUCUCACAACUGAAAAUGGCGUAGCAUCGGAUUGUGCCAACAGUGAGAAAUGGAAAAGAUGGAAGCAAAAAUUCGAAAUUUACGUCGAAGCAAAUGACUUAGAAAAAGUCUCAGAAAAGAAAAAACUAGCGAUUUUCCUCAACGCAAUAGGCGACACAGGUCUGGAAAUCUACAACUCGUUCAACGUUGUUAGAACAACAGAAACUUUAAAAUACGUCGUAGAAAAAUUCGACUCAAAAUUUAACGCCUGUAAAAACGAAACAGUUGAGCGUUACAACUUUUUCACAAGAAUACAAAAAUUUGAGGAAACAUUUGAUGAAUAUGUGACCAGUCUAAACAAUUUGUCAUGCAGUUGCAAUUUUGAUACUUUAAAAGAAUCACUAGUCAAAGACAUGUUCAUAAUAGGGAUUAGAAAUGCAAACAUAAAAGAAAAAUUAUUACAAAGAAAAAAUUGCUGACGUCAAUGAGGCAGUAGAAAUUGCAAAAACAAUAGAACUCUCAUACCAAAGGUCAAAGAAAUUAGGAACAGACGACAUACACGAGGUCAAGAUAAUAGCCAAAGAAAACGUCAAGAAGAAUCCAGUAUCGAAUAGACAUAGAUCAAUGAACAGAAAUUCUUUUAGAAGUAAAAGUCAUGAGCGCAGCAACAGUUCCUCUUCAGCUAACUUCAAAACACCACACAAUUUCAACAGGAAUAGAAUAUCCUGCAGAAGAUGCGGCCAAAUACACCGUUUCAAAUGUCCAGCUUUUGGGAAAAUAUGCACAACUUGUAAGAAGCCGAACCACUUUGCACAAUACUGUUUUUUCAAGAAUAAACAAGAGAUGUAAUUUUCAAUCUAGGUAGUAUAACACUGCCAUGUAAUUUUGAAAAUAAGCAACAAGUUAAUAUUCAAUUUAUGGUUGUAAAAUGUGACUGUUCAACUAUACUAGGCUGGAAAACUUGUGAAGACCAGGGUAUUGUCAAAAGAUUAUUUAAACUAACAUCCAAUCAAACUCAAAGGUCAGUACAAUCACUUCUUAAUACAUAUUCAGACACAUUUGAAGGGUUAGGUUGUUUACCACAUAAAGCGCACUUACACAUUGACACUAGUAUAACACCAAAAAUAUGUCCGGUUCGUAGAAUUCCAUAUGCAUUACAUUCAAAACUUAAAGUAGAAUUAGAUAGAAUGGAACAUCUACAAGUAAUUGAAAAAGUAAGUAAGCCUACUGAAUGGGUAAACGCUAUAGUUCCUAUAGAAAAGCCAAAUGGCCAACUUCGCAUUUGUCUAGACCCAAGAAGCCUUAACAAGGCUAUAAAAAGGCCACAUUUUCCAUACCCAACAUUAGAUGAUUUACGUUCUAAAGUAGCGGGUGCUGCUGUAUUUUCUAAAUUAGAUGCCAAUUCAGGAUACUGGAUGAUUAAACUAGAUGCAGAAAGCAGUGAGCUCUGCACAUUUAAUACACAAUUUGGUAGAUACAAAUUCCUCAGACUUCCCUAUGGCAUUAAUUCAAGCGGUGAAAUAUUUCAUAAAGUCAUGAAUGAUCUAUUUGGUGAAUUACCUGGGGUAUUAAUAUUUGUCGAUGAUAUUUUGGUGUAUGGUUCAAACCAAAAUGAACAUAAUGAAAGGCUAGAAAAUGUUUUUAAAAAAGCCAGAGAAGUCAACUUAAAAUUCAAUAAGUCAAAGUGUCUCUUUGAUAAAUCAGAAGUAGCUUAUAUAGGUCAUAUCUUCAAUAAAGAGGGUAUUGCACCAGACAAGUCAAAAGUCGAGGCAAUUAUUGACAUGCCUAGGCCAGAAAAUGUAAAAGAUUUACAAAGGUAUCUUGGUAUGAUAAACUACUUAGGAUCCUAUAUUCCAAAUCUAGCACAAGAAACUUCAGUACUAAGGGAUCUUCUUAAAAAACAAAAUAUUUGGCAAUGGACAGACAAUCAUGAAAGCCAAUUUAAAAAAUUAAAACAAUUAAUUUGUCAAUCCCCUGUAUUAGUACAUUAUGAUGUAAAGAAACCAAUUAGAAUGUCAGUGGACGCAUCAAAAAAUGCGGUUGGAGCUGUCAUAUUUCAUGGGAAAAAUCCUAUUGCUUAUUCUUCAAAGUCAUUAACUAGUUCUCAAGAAAAUUAUGCUCAAAUUGAAAAAGAAUUAUACGCUAUUUUAUUUGGAUGUAAAAAAUUCCAUCAAUAUAUUUAUGGUAAAACUAUACAAGUAGAAACUGAUCACCAACCAUUAGUCACAUUAUUUAAAAAACCUUUAUCAGAUGUACCUACAAGACUGCAAAGAAUGAUGAUUGCGUUACAAUCUUAUGAUUUAUUAGUCUCUUAUACAAGAGGUACUGAAAUGUAUAUUUCUGACACACUUUCUAGGGCACCUAUAUCAAACACAAAAAUAGAAAAAUUUGAUCUUGAAGAAUUAGAAAAUAACAUUAAUUGUCACAUAAAAUCAUUAACAUCUAAUUUGGCAAUAACACAAAAUAAAUUACAAGAAAUCAAAAGUCAUACUCAAUCAGAUGAAACUUUAAAAAUACUAAAGGAAUAUUAUUCAGUAGGAUGGCCAAAUAGUAAACAUCAGUGUGACUCAAUAACUUUACCAUAUUGGAACAUUCGAGAUGAAAUACAUGUCAUUGAUGAAAUAAUUUUUAAAAGUCAGUCAGUUAUCAUUCCCAGAUCAAUGCGUUCUGAAAUAUUAAAUAAAUUACAUGAGGGACAUAUGGGUAUAGAAAAAACAAAAAACUUAGCAAGAGGUAUAGUUUAUUGGCCUAACAUUAAUCAUGACAUAGAAAUGAAAAUAAGACAAUGUGAGAUAUGUAUGAUGUUUAGUGCAAAUAAAACAAAAGAAACUUUAUUAUCACAUGAACAACCAGAAAUUCCUUGGCAAAAAGUAGCAACAGAUUUAUUUGAUUACAAUAACAAAAAAUUCUUAUUAGUGGUUGACUAUUACUCAAAUUACAUUGAAAUUGCACAAUUAAGUAAUGAUUAUAGAAGUCAAACUGUUAUACAACACUUAAAAUCUAUUUUUUCACGACAUGGAAUCCCAUUACAACUUGUGAGUGAUGGAGGUCCGCCUUUCAAUUCCCAAGAAUUCUUGAAAUUCAUGUGUGAUUGGGAUAUAGAACACAUUAAGUCAAGUCCUCAUUUCCCUCAAUCAAAUGGUCUUGCAGAAGUAUCUGUAAAAAUAAUAAAAACAUAUUAAGAAAAUGUGAACAGUCAGGUACAGAUUUUUACAUAGGAUUACUUCAAUAUAGGUCUACACCUAGAGGUAACUUAAAGUCACCGUCAGAAUUACUAAUGUCUAGAAAACUUAGAACUAAAUUACCUACACAAAUAACUUACCUUAAACCUAAAGUUGUAAAAUUUUCUAAGCAUUAUAAUAACAAAA